AUGAAUACAGUACAAUUGACACCAACAUCUCAAGGUGGUGGACAGUAUCUACAUCAUCAACAACAACCUAUUGGUGUUACUGGCAGUGCAUCACAGCAGCAGACAAUACCUCGUGGAAUGAAUAUGGUCAACAACAACAAACCAAUAAGUAGUAUAGGUAGUGGAUCAGUAGUGUCAUCAUUGUCAAACAAACCAAUGACACCAAUCACUGUUCAACAACAACAACAACAACAGCAACAACAACAACAACAACAGACUACACAAUCACAAACCAAGUCUGUACUAAAGUCAUCAUCAUUCCCAUUUAUCUCGAGAUCAUGGGAGUUGGACACAUUCGAGUCAUACCUCAAGUUUAGGUCGCACUUUGUCAAAGUCAAGUCGCGACCCUACCUCCUCAAGGCCCUCAGUCUGCUCAUCCUAUCAAUCAGUCUAUUCAGCUAUCUCAUCGAGAAUGGAGAUGUCAUGUAUACAAAGUUCGCGUCGGUCUGCCUUGGACUGAGCACAUCGAUGCUCUAUCAACACUUCCAGACGGUGCCAGAGAUUGUAAUGACUGAGGAGCAAAGAGGAUUGUAUAAAUGGCCAGAGUACUUCCCUUCAAGUCCUCCUCCAUCUCGCGAUCAUGAUCGUGCAUCAGCACCUAUUCCUAUUACAAUGUCAUCACUCAGUGCUGUAUCACCUUAUAGACAGCCACAGCCACAGUCACAAUCAGUGACCACGCCACUGUCAGCGAUGAAGCAACAGUCGCCCAUCACCUCGCCCUACUCACACAGAUACUCUCCACCCAAGUCUGUGAUGGAGCGUGAGAGCGAAGAGAUCGAGAGCAACUUCAAGGGACGUCUAUUCACCUCACUCAGUGAUCUCUCCGUCAGCGAGUCACUCUCACUCUCACAAUUGGACAAGGAGAGGAUGGAACAGGAUAAGAACAAGAAAAUCUUUGAGAUUGAACCAAUAGUCACUCAGUACUACCAACCAAUUCAGAACUACCGCGUCCUCCAGAAGUCCAAGAUCGUGGAGAAUGCUGCCAAGUUGUCAUACGAGGACGUUGUGUCCACCAAGUAUUUCCUUUGGAAGAAGAUGUGUGAGGAUGAUCACCUGAUGAUGACAGAGGCAGUGCCAAACUGCCAGAGAUGGUUUGCAGAGAAUAUCAUCAAGCCUCUCGAGAAGAGUGCCGAGGAAUACCUUGGUGUCAAGGAUGAGCAGCUACUAGUCGAUGAUCAAUCAAGGCUAUCCAAGUUUAAUGCAUUUGGAAUGAGCAAGUUGGACAUCAUCAAAAAUGUACUUAGACAUACUGUACAUCAUUUGAAGAGAUUGAAUGAUGUACAUCACAAGAAUGAGAACGAUUAUAUCUGUAGAAGGAUAAAGGAGUGGUCAAAGGAUGGCUACAUAUUCCCUCAGUUUGGCGACAAAUCAUCGGAUCUGAAUGAUCUCCAGCAGCCAACGGACGAGCAGUUGAUAUUCGCAUUGUUCCUCACCUACAUGGACGAGCGACUAAACAAGGACAUCACAGCACCCAUCCCCGACCUGCCAUUCUCCUCCAAGUACAUCAAAGAGGACAGCACCAAACAAGUGUUUAAGCACAUCCCAUUGAUCAACAUAACAUAUAAGCGACCAUUGCAUUGCGAUCUCUUGGUGCCAACCAACGACACUCAUCGUCUGUUGGACAUCUCACCAGGACUGCAUAACAUAUUCUUCACCAUUGUAUUGUUCUUCCAUUGUAUCAACAAGUACUGCGAUGGAUACAUUGAUAACAUGGAUAUUACAAAGCUCAACGUUAGGAUAUUCCUGGACACUGUCACUGUUGGCGAUCAGGAUGAUGACGGCGACAUUGACUUCAACUAA